UUCACUGAAACUAGUCUUGAACUCUCCCCCGUCCUCGAGGCUGAGGUGGUUCAGUCCAUGAAAGCGGAAGUUCUGACAGUAACGACAGUGAACUGAAGUUCAGCACUUGUGUGAGUUUGUCUUGUUUUACUGAAGACGGAGUAAACAUUAGAGAGACACAGAGAUGCGGCGGAAACAGAAGAGAUUACUGCAGAUAUCGCUGCUGCUCAUCGUGGCCUUUCUCUUCUUACCCAACGUUGGGUUAUGGUCCGUGUAUCUGGAGCGAAUGUUCGACAGCAGCUCUCCGGACGAAACCGGGCUCGCGCCCAUACAGAGACCGAACGGACACAGACAAGUGCAGAACGCCGGCGUUCGGAGACGGGACUGGCAUGACUAUGCGGUUAUUAAGAGUGAAGCGGCGCGCUCAGGUGUGGGUGAGCAGGGCAGGCCGUACCCGCUGAGCGACUCGGACCGCGUGGAUCAGGCCUACAGAGAGAACGGCUUCAACAUAUUCGUCAGUAACAGGAUCGCCCUCAACAGAUCCCUGCCUGAUAUCAGACACCCAAACUGUAAGACGAAGCUGUAUGCUGAAGAUCUUCCCACCACCAGCAUCAUCAUCCCCUUCCACAACGAGGGCUGGUCGUCGCUGCUGCGCACCGUUCACAGCGUCCUCAACCGCUCGCCGCCGCAGCUCAUCGCGGAGAUCGUCCUCGUGGACGACUUCAGUGACAAAGAGCAUCUGAAGGCCCCUCUGGAGGAGUACAUGGUGCGACUGCCCAAGGUGCGGAUCCUGCGGACUAAGAAGCGCGAGGGUCUGAUCAGGACCAGACUGCUGGGCGCCGCCGCAGCCAAGGGUGAUGUCAUCACGUUUCUGGACUCUCACUGCGAGGCCAACGUCAACUGGCUGCCUCCGUUACUGGAUCGCAUCGCGCAGAACCGGAAGACAAUCGUGUGUCCUAUGAUCGAUGUGAUCGACCACGAUAACUUUGGCUACGAGACGCAGGCCGGCGAUGCCAUGCGAGGGGCUUUUGACUGGGAGAUGUACUACAAACGCAUCCCUAUCCCACCUCAGCUGGAGAAAUCGGACCCCAGCGACCCUUUUGAGUCCCCUGUGAUGGCCGGCGGUCUCUUCGCUGUGGACAGGAAGUGGUUCUGGGAGCUGGGAGGAUAUGACACGGGACUGGAGAUCUGGGGAGGAGAGCAAUAUGAGAUCUCAUUCAAGGUGUGGAUGUGUGGAGGCCGUAUGGAGGACAUUCCCUGCUCUCGAGUGGGUCACAUUUACAGGAAGUACGUGCCUUAUAAAGUGCCGGGAGGAGUGAGUCUCGCCAGGAAUCUGAAGCGCGUGGCGGAGGUGUGGAUGGACGAGUACGCGGAGUUCAUCUACCAGCGGAGGCCUGAGUAUCGACACCUCUCGGCUGGAGACGUGGCGGCGCAGAAGGACCUGAGGAACCGGCUGAACUGCAAGAACUUCAAGUGGUUCAUGACGGAGGUGGCGUGGGAUCUUCCCAAACACUAUCCGCCGGUGGAGCCUCCAGCCGCUGCCUGGGGAGAGCUGCGUAACGUCGGCACCGGUCUCUGCAUGGAGAGCAAGCACUUUUCCUCAGGCUCUCCGAUCCGUCUGGAGAAGUGUCUGAAUGAGCAGGGCGAGCCGAGCUGGAGUCACGGUCAGGUGUUCACGUUUGGUUGGAGGGAAGAUAUACGGGUAGGAGACCCGCUGCACACUAAGAAGGUCUGCUUCGACGCCGUGUCGCACAACAGCCCCGUUACGCUCUACGACUGCCACGGGAUGAAGGGCAACCAGCUGUGGGCCUACCGGAAGGAUAAGAGCAUCUAUCACCCCAUCAGUAACAGCUGCAUCGACUCCAACGCUGCACAGAAGAAGAUUUUCAUGAACUCCUGUGACUCCACGUCACCCAGUCAGCAGUGGCUGUUCGGGAACAUUAACGCCACCGUUUUGGACUCUUUCAAUCGCAAUCAUAAUGCGUAACGGCGGGAACGUGAGACUCCUCCGCCGCAGGUGAUGUGGUUGGCGAAAUGCCGACGAAAGCUUCGUAAUCACGGACGGUGUCGCUGCUCGAAGCUCACGUGAAGAGAGACGUUCUCGUGCCUUUACUGAACUGAUGUGUGUCUGAUCGUCUGCACUCCAAACAGCUGGAAAACUGAGCUGAGUCCCUCUUUCCUCAUGGCCGACGGCUUUUAUCUUCAUCUUUAUCUUAGUGCUCACUUUCCCCCCUGCUGCUAAAGCACCAAACGCCACUGUUGAAGAGAGAGAAUGGGCUGACGAACUGUGUUGACUGACGGCAGUGUUUGCAAGGCUGCACAGAAUUGAUGUUCUUGUUUUGGAGAUAUUGCAGGCUUGGGUGUGGGAUCUGUUUUUAGGGAAAGGUUGAAAAUCACGCACUUACAGCAAUGAUGUCUCUGUAUUUGGAUACUGAGUUGUAGGGAUGCACCAUAUAUCAGUAUCAGCCCAUAAAUGUUCAUUUUUAAUGUUUCAGAUAUCGGUUAGAUAUUGGCUUUUAUCUCCGAGAUUCUGGAGAGAGUUGUCUACACAGCUUUACUUCUAUCUAAAUACAUUUAUCAUUUUAGAUGCAUUUUAGUCAGGUUUCAGAUCUCUACACAGCACUGAAUCUGCAUUGUUAGGGCCAGAUUUACUAAACGCGGCAAAUUAGCGUGAGAGCGCAAUUCCAUGAAUGCACCGAUGGGAGUGGCAAGUUUUGCAUGCGAUCUACUGCUGACGCACAAAUUAUUGAACACAGACGCAGUCAAAUCAUUUACAUAAUGACCAAUGCAAUCUACACCGCGUUCCAAUUAUUAUGCAAGUGACAUAUCAGUAAGAUUUCAGUAGAAUAAACAUUCAGAUUU